ACGAGUGUUAAUGAAAACUGAUAUAAAGCACGGCAAACAAUCAACUCGGCUGACACAUUUCGUGCGGCUCUUUCACGCUCCGCAUCUCCCCCAGAAUAAUUCCACACCGGAAACGACAUCAUGAGAACGGCGGAGAAGAUGGUCCGCUUGGUUUCAACUCUGCUGUUGUGGCUGGCCAUUUCAACCGUCAGCCAUGGCCACCGCCGCAAAUACACGACCAUUACAAUGACUUUAGUGUCCACAUUGACGACGACUACGACCAAAGCGACCAACUCCGUCUGCGCCUCCGUGUCCAGCACCGAUUCGUCCGUGCCGGUGACGGCCUGUCGCCGGCGUCGGCAGCACUGGAUCGACAUUCCGCUUUACAUAGCGCUGGAUGAGGAUGUCGACGACCAACUGUCUCAAUUUUUCAUCCAUCCGACCGCCCCUUUACAGGUGGAACCCACCGCAGAGCCGUGGGGGUGGUUCAAGACCGAUGACGAAUUAGAUUCCAUCCAAAUUGAUAAUCCGCCAGUUAAUCCUUCCCAUUCCAUCGAGCCUUCUUGGUUCUAUUCGGAUGAGGACGAAUUCGAGCCGCAGAUUAUCGGAAGAUUGGCCGGCCGUUUGGGGUACCGGAGACGGCGCCGGAAGACCGUCAUCGUCACCUCGACCAAAAUGACGACAUCCACCAAGACGGAGACGACUUACACGUCCACCAAAACGUUCGCCAUCUCGGGUUGCACGCCCAGUUCAUUACCCUACAACUACUGCUCGUGAAAAGUUCAAAAUCAACUUUGAAAUAUUUAUUAUUCGUCUUAAUAAAUUGAAUAACCAAAGAGGAAAAAA